AUGAGAGAUAGUAAACGAAAUAAUUAUAGUUAUGGAGAAAAUUGUGAGAGAAGGUAUAAUGAAAGGGAUUUCAAAAGAGAUGAUCGAAGAAAUGAUAAGGAAUACGAUCAUUUUAAAGAGUAUAAUACGUCAAUGAACUUGCAGAGAAAUGAAAAGGAAAAUUGGGAAAAAGAAAAAUUUUUCCGAAAUAGAUUUAAUCGUCCAAAGAUUAAUAUGAAAAAUAUAAGAUGUUAUGCAUGUGGAGAAUUGGGGCAUAUAAGUAGAAAUUGUGUACAGAACGGUGCAAUGUUUAACAAGCAACCGAUUAAAUGUAAUAGAUGUGGAGGAGUUGGACAUAGUAGUGAAAAAUGUUAUGUUCCGACGUAUCGUAUUAUUGGAAAUAAUCAAAAAACAUUUCAAUGUGAAAGAUGUGGAAAAAUGGGACAUGCUAAAGAGAAUUGUUAUGUAAGAGAACCGAUAAAUGGGGAAGCAUUUCCGGCAGUGAAAUACAUAGCACCUGCAUCUAAUGUAAGAGUGAUACAAAAUAGUGAUAUGUUGAAAGAAGGUAGAGUUGAAGUUAUGUGUUUUAAAUGCAGAAAGGAAGGACAUAGUGCUAUAGAAUAUCGAGAUAGGUGA